AUGUCAUCGAAAGACCGCCGGAAGUCAGAGAAGUUGGACAAGAACGCCCCUGGCAUCAUCACCUUGACCGUGUCUCCCGACAAGCUGCGUGCUAUCUUCCCCGACAGCCACGAAAGCACUGUCUCAGACACACACACACCCGCCCCCUCGACGCCUCUGCCCGCCAAGGACGAAGACAACGCCGAAAACGCCAAGCUUGCCGCUGCUGCCAAGGACGACAACGCGUCCGAGUCGACGCCUGCAACUCCCACCGGAGCUGCUGCCGAUACACCCGUCUCGUCCUCGACCAUGGGACCACCCAACGGAGCUGCGGCCGCUGCAGCCGACGAGGAGAGCAAUAGCAAUGCCGCCAGCAAAAAGAGGGGCAGCCUGAAGCGCACGGCCGCCGCUGCCGGUGUCGAUGGCACUGCCAGCGCCGGACCGGCUAGCACCAACGGCGACACACCGCAGCCCGCUGCACGCGUCCGCAGCAAGCCAGGACCCAAGAAGAAGGCCAAACUUGAGGACGGCGUUGAAAUUCGCGCGUCUGCCGCUGGCGCACACAAGCUCGGCCCCAAGGCCAGCAUGGGCGCCAUCAAUGCCGGCCUGCGCGCCCUCGACCGCUCCGGCAAGCCCUGCCGCAAAUGGGCCAAGGGCAGCUUCCAGCUCAAGAGCUUUACCGGCGUGCAUUGGAGCAUCCCCCGCUGGCGUGCGCCGCCCAAGACGUCCGCCACCGACACCGACGGCGGCGACGAGUCGACCUCCGCCACGGCGUCGGCCGACGGCACGGGCAGCAACAAGGAGAACGGCAAGGACAGCAACAGCGACAAGAAGGACCAGAACGCGGGCGCCAAGACCAACGGCCAUGUGCAUGGAGUCACCAACGGCGAUGCCACGGCUCCGCCCAGCGACGUCGACAUGGCCAACACGAGCGCCGUACCGAGUCCGUCUGUCGAGCCGGCCACCGAGGCGGCAACACCCGUUGCCGCGGCAGCAUAG